GCUGCCGUUGUGGCCUCCACAGGCAGCAGCUAUAGCAGCCGUAACCCCAGUGCCGCCACCGGGUGUAACGUGUAAGACGCCGAAAGUUAGGGAAACACCGGUGUCACCGCAGUAUAAUAGCCAAACUAGCCCACGGGUCCUGCCCACAGCAAGGCCGGCGCUAGGGACGUGACAUAUACACAUAACUAGUCUCGCUGUACGCAAUAUACUGUUUUCAUUUUGUAACAAAAGACGUGUAAGCCGAUACAAGUGCGUUUGAAGGAAAGAUUCCCCCCUCCUCUGAAGAUUGGUUCAGGCUGACGCAUGGACCUGUCUCCGCUAGAUAUGACCUCGCCAGUUUCCAAUAUGGCCGCCCCCGUGCGGAGGUUGCUGGCGGGUGUACUGUCAUGUGCUGGCAGUGGCAGAGUCUCCUGGCGAGCUCCGAUCCGGGGCUGCCGCGGUCUGGCGUCUGAGGCCGGGGGCGCAGCGGGGUCUCCGUGGCGGCUGCACGGUGCUUUGUGCUUAAAGAGGCCGGCGGUGGUGUCUCAGAGCAAGACUCCCUUCCAGCAGGAGGUGGAGGAUCUGAUGCAGCAGGUUGAGCUGGAGCAAAGUUUGUAUUCAGAUCAUGAGCUUCAGCUUAUGGAAGAUGCAGAGCGGCUCAGGAGGAAGCAGUCUGAUACUUAUGAUUCUGAUGAUGAGGCUGAAGACCAGGACAUUGUGACAGCACAAGAUCUUGAAGACACGUGGGAACAGAAAUGGAGGAAUUUUAAAUUUGCAUCAAGUGUAACCGAAGCAGAUAAAAAGAAGGACCGCACAUCGUUAGACAGGAAAUUGGAAAACUCUUUGUUCCUGCUGGUUAAAGAAAAGGUCGGCAAUGAAGACGUUUGGAUGUUUCCUCAGAUGGAGUGGCAGGCUGGGGAAACUAUGAGGCAGACAGCAGAACGGGUCAUGUCUAACUUGUCAGGUGAUCACACUGAAGCUCACUUUUUAGGAAAUUCGCCCUGUGGCUUUUACAAGUACAAGUUCCCCAAGUCUCUGCGGUCUGAGCACAUGGUAGGGGCCAAAGUGUUCUUCUUCAAAGCUUUUCUGAAGAGCCGGAAUCUUCAAACACAUAAGAAAAAUGGAGAAUAUGUUUGGGUUAGCAAAGAUGAACUCAAAGACUAUUUAAAGCCAGCAUAUCUGUCUGAGGUGGAUAAAUUUGUAAUAGAAAUAUAAUUUAAUUUUGUCAAUCUGGUAAUAAAAGUUGCUUUUUGUUUUUCUUUA